GCCUCGCCGCUGAGGAUGUCCCGGAAGGCGCAGCGGGCGGAGGUGUGCGCGGACUGCAGUGCCGCAGACCCGGGCUGGGCCUCCAUCAACCGCGGCGUGCUCAUCUGCGACGAGUGCUGCAGCGUGCACCGCAGCCUGGGCCGCCACAUCUCCAUCGUCAAGCACCUGCGGCACAGCCCCUGGCCCGCCACGCUGCUGCAGAUGGUGCACACCUUGGCCAGCAAUGGGGCCAACUCCAUUUGGGAGCACUCGCUGCUGGACCCGGCGCAGGUGCAGAGCGGGCGCAGGAAGGCGAACCCCCAGGACAAAGUGCACCCCACCAAGUCGGAGUUCAUCCGCGCCAAGUACCAGAUGCUGGCCUUCGUGCACAAGCUGCCGUGCCGGGACGACGACGGCGUCACCGCCAAGGACCUCAGCAAGCAAUUGCACUCCAGCGUGCGGACAGGCAACCUGGAGACGUGCCUGCGGCUGCUCUCGCUGGGGGCUCAGGCCAACUUCUUCCACCCGGAGAAGGGCACCACGCCGCUGCACGUGGCCGCCAAGGCCGGGCAGAUCCUGCAGGCAGAGCUGCUGGUGGUGUACGGCGCUGACCCCGGUGCGCCCGAUGUCAACGGGAGGACGCCCAUCGACUACGCCAGGCAGGCGGCCCAGCACGAGCUGGCGGAGCGGCUGGUGGAAUGCCAGUACGAGCUGACCGACCGGCUGGCCUUCUACCUGUGCGGCAGGAAGCCGGACCACAAGAACGGGCACUACAUCAUCCCGCAGAUGGCAGACAGGGUGCGCCCCAAGUGCAUGGCACAGAGCCUGGACCUGUCCGAGCUGGCCAAGGCGGCCAAGAAGAAGCUGCAAGCGCUCAGCAACCGGCUGUUUGAGGAGCUGGCCAUGGACGUGUACGAUGAGGUGGACCGGCGCGAGAACGACGCGGUGUGGCUGACGACGCAGAACCACAGCACGCUGGUGACCGAGCGCAGCGCCGUCCCCUUCCUCCCCGUCAACCCCGAGUACUCGGCCACCCGCAACCAGGUGAGCCCAGUGCACCGCUCAGACCCCUCCCCGCUGCGGAGCCAGAGCGACCUGGACGACCAGCACGACUACGACAGCGUCGCCUCCGACGAGGACACGGACCAGGAGCUGCUGCGCAACGCGUCCCGCAACAACCGUGCACGGAGUAUGGACUCCUCCGACCUGUCGGACGGCCCCAUCACGCUGCAGGAGUACCUGGAGGUGAAGAAAGCCCUGGCCGCCUCCGAGGCCAAAGUGCAGCAGCUGAUGAAGGUGAACAACAGCCUGAGCGACGAGCUGCGCCGGCUGCAGCGCGAGAUCCACAAGCUGCAAUCAGAGAACACGCAGAUCCGGCAGCAGGCGGUGCCCCCGCACCCCAGCCCAGCCCCCAGCGAGCGCCCCGAGCACGGGCACCCCCCCGGCACGGCCCCCCUGCACCGCCGCGACCGCCAGGCCUUCUCCAUGUACGAGCCGGGCUCGGUGCUGAAACCCUUUGGGCAGCCGGUGGAGGAGCUGGUGACCCGGCUGCAGCCCUUCGGCGGCGGCGGCGAGGUGGAGGACGAAGCUCUGUACUCCAUGCACAUCCCGGCCAGCGUGUACCGGAUGCGGAAAGGUCCGUCGGUCUCCUCCAUGCCCUUUCCCCCGUCCUCCCCGCUGCUCUCCUGCCCGCCUNGCGGCUCUGCCCUACAGAGCAAGCUGGACCGGCACGGCAGCGGCACCGACAGCGACUACGAUAACACGCAGGCGGGCGAGAUCCUGCUGGGCGUGGAGGGAAAACGCUUCGUGGAGCUGAGCAAGGACGAGGAUUUCCCACACGAGCUGGACCCGCUGGACGGGGAGCUGGACCCCGGGCUGCCCAGCACGGAGGACGUCAUCCUGAAAACCGAGCAGGUCACCAAGAACAUCCAGGAGCUGCUGCGGGCUGCGCAGGAGUCCAAGCACGACAGCUUCGUGCCCUGCUCGGAGAAGAUCCACUCAGCGGUGACGGAGAUGGCGUCGCUCUUCCCCAAGAAACCGGCGCUGGAGACGGUGCGGAGCUCCCUGCGCCUGCUGAACGCCAGCGCCUACCGGCUGCAGAGCGAGUGCCGCAAAACCGUGCCGCCGGAGCCGGGCGCCGCCGUGGAUUACCAGCUCCUGACGCAGCAGGUCAUCCAGUGCGCCUACGACAUCGCCAAGGCCGCCAAGCAGCUGGUCACCAUCACCACCCGCGAGAAGAAGCAGUGAGCUCCGGCCCGCGGCCUCUCCUCUCUGUGUCCUCCCUCGGGUUGGGGCUGAGCCCCGGGGAGGUGCCCCUGUACAGCGCCCCGAGCCCGCUCCUAACUUAUCCUGGACAGAGCGCGUGCGGCCGUCCUGCUGGGGGGGACACGACUCAACCCCCCCCCCCCAACUCGGCCACGCUCCCCCGGGGCCGCCCGCAGCGUUACACUGGACCGGGGAUGCCUGGAGGCCUUCCCCAUUUUCUCCCCCCCCCCCGGGCGUCCCCGCCUGUCCCUCCUGUAAGAUGUGUCCUUGUACAUUUGUAUCAAUAAAGAUGUGAGCGUUGCACGGCC